CUCAACUCUUUUUAGUUCUUCUUACUUUCACUGUUAGGGUCAAAACCCAGUCCAAGCUCCCCAAAACGCAAAACCCGCGCGGCACCAUUUCAUCUCAUUUCCCGCUCAAUAUGGCAGACAACAAAAAACGCCGGCGCAAGGACCCCGCCGGCGACGAGCUACCCUUCAAGAACAAGCUGAAACCCGACUCAGCAAUCAUGGAAACCCUAAAGCAGUUCUCCGCCUCCUCCUCCUCCUCCUCCGUCUCCCAAACCCUAACCCUCCAGGACCUCUCCCUCCCCUUCCGGUGCCGCGAGGUGGCAGACCUCUCCCUCUCCUCCGUGCAGUCCAACAUCGAGUCCCUCAUCCUCAGGAUCGCCCACUCCAUCCUCUCCGGCCACGGCUUCUCUUUCGACGUCCCUUCCCGCUCCGCCGCCAACCAGCUCUACGUGCCCGAGCUCGACCGCAUCGUCCUCAAGGACAAAUCCUCCCUUCGCCCGUUUGCGAACAUCUCCACUGUGCGGAAAUCCGCCAUCACCGCCCGCAUCCUGCAGCUCAUCCACCAGCUCUGCAUCAAGGGCAUCCAUGUCACCAAGCGUGACCUCUUCUACACCGACGUCAAACUCUUCCAGGACCAGAUCCAAUCUGAUGCUGUUCUGGAUGAUGUGUCCUGCAUGCUGGGGUGCACUCGGUCCAGCCUCAAUGUCGUUGCUGCGGAGAAAGGGGUGGUGGUUGGGAGGUUGAUUUUCAGUGACAAUGGGGAUAUGAUCGAUUGCACCAAAAUGGGGAUGGGAGGGAAGGCAAUUCCGCCAAAUAUUGAUCGAGUUGGGGAUAUGCAGAGUGAUGCUUUGUUUAUUUUGUUGGUGGAGAAGGAUGCUGCUUAUAUGAGGUUGGCUGAGGAUAGGUUCUACAACCGUUUUCCAUGCAUAAUUGUGACUGCAAAGGGGCAGCCAGAUGUUUCCACUAGGCUGUUCUUGAGGAAGAUGAAGACAGAGUUGAAGCUGCCGGUGCUGGCUCUAGUUGACAGUGAUCCUUAUGGGUUGAAGAUUCUGUCGGUUUAUGGCUGUGGGUCCAAGAACAUGUCUUAUGACAGUGCUAACUUAACCACCCCUGAUAUCAAGUGGCUUGGGGUUAGGCCUAGUGAUUUGGACAAGUACAAGAUACCUGAGCAGUGUAGGUUGCCGAUGACCGAGCAGGAUAUUAAGACUGGCAAGGACUUGCUGGAGGAGGAUUUUGUCAAGAAGAACCCUGGUUGGGUGGAGGAAUUGACCUUGAUGGUCAAGACUAAGCAAAAGGCUGAAAUACAGGCUUUGAGCACUUUUGGUUUUCAGUAUCUGUCAGAAGUUUAUUUGCCCUUGAAGUUGCAGCAGAAAGAUUGGCUUUGACCUGUGAAUAAUGUAGUAAUAUCUAAGAAUUAAAAUGGUGGUUAUGCCACUACUUAGCCCAACAGCUUAGUCAUGCUAUAGUAUCUCUGCAAGUUGCACCAGAAUGUGGUAAAUUUUUAAGUAUCCUUCAUUGAAAAAUUGUUAAAAAAUUAUGUUGAUCGUCUGUUUUUCAGACUGAGUUUAUAAUUGUCUUAUUGUUCUUGCAUCAGUUAACAGGGAACUGGGUUUAUUAAAUUAUAAACCCCUGCUUUUGAAUUGCUUAAGUUUCCCUUGAUGUUGCUUCUAAUUCUGAACUCCAAGCAUUAUAGGUCUCUAAAUUGUGUCGGAUUAGUACAAGUUUAUUUUCCCUUGAAAUUGCAGCUGAAGGAUUGGCUU